CCCAGCAGAGGACAAUGUGAGGGAACCGGAAGUGAAUGAGAAUCCGAGAGGACGGCCUCGAACAAGCACCAGUCGCAUUCGUUCAUAUUAUGAGCGGUCUCGUUCGAGGAGUACUGGGCCUGGUUCGAGUGGAGGCAGGGGGCGAUCGAGUGGAGGCAGAUCCCGAUCGAGUGGAGGCAGAUCCCGAUCGAGUGGAGGUGAAUCCGACGAGCAUGAUACAGAUUACUCAUCCCAGAGCCCCCCAGGGCAAUAUUCUUACCCUAACAUCGAUGAGCUUUUUCCAGAGUUUGUUCGACCUUUGCUGGUAGGCGAUUUCAACCCA